ACGUAGUAUGGAAUGUCGGUCAAUGAACAAAUCUGCAUCAAUAUUAAAUUUCAUAAUAUUUUCAACUGUUUGUAGUUUAAAGUCUCUUUCAGAUCUUUCGAUCCGAUAUCUGUUUACACGUGUAGUAAAGAAGACUGAAGACCCCAGCAACAAUCGACUCGGCAACGGGACCCCGACUGGAUCCAAACACCGACCCGAUUCCAAGCACCCGACUUGUCUCCAGCUUGCACCCCCGGCCACGCCCCGUCCGUCGCACCACCACUGAGGACCACUCAACGCUGCACCAGUCUCCGGCAACUCUCCGCCGUCCACUUCCACUUCGAUCCAUAUCCCUCGACCAGACAACUCUAGACCAACUCCGACCGCCUAAACUUUCUGCCACUUAACAACCACUUCCUCCAAAGCCCGAAAGCUUUCCCUUGACCGCGUUUCCUUGGAUUCCGAAUACCUUCAGCUACCCCGCCAAAUACCGUAAUCCGCAAACACAUCCAUCACAAUGGCGCAAGCAGGCGGGUCAUACAACAACCCCUUGAAGAAGUUCAAGUUGGUCUUCUUGGGCGAACAAAGCGUCGGCAAGACGUCGCUCAUCACACGCUUCAUGUACGACUCGUUCGAUAACAUGUACCAAGCCACCAUUGGUAUCGAUUUCCUUUCCAAGACCAUGUACCUCGAAGAUCGAACAGUCCGCCUACAGCUCUGGGAUACAGCCGGCCAGGAGCGCUUCCGCUCUCUGAUCCCUUCGUACAUCCGCGACUCGUCGGUGGCUGUGGUAGUUUACGACAUUUCGAACGCCAAAUCCUUCCAAAACACACGAAAAUGGAUCGACGACGUGCGCGCCGAGCGGGGCAACGACGUGAUCAUCGUGCUGGUCGGCAACAAGACGGAUCUGAACGACAAGCGCGAAGUGACUACGGCGCAGGGCGAGGAAGAAGCCCGGCGCAACAACCUCAUGUUCGUCGAGACGUCGGCAAAGCUGGGCCACAACGUCAAGACGCUGUUCAAGAGGAUAGCCCAAGCUUUGCCCGGGAUGGAGGGCACCGGUGGGGAAGGCGGUGCCGGUUCCGGAGGACAAGGAGGCGGGGCGGCGACGAGGAUUGAUGUUAGCAGUAAGGAGACGGUGGCGCAGGAGGGGUGCGCUUGUUAGAUGGUCUUGGUCUGGUCUGGUCUGGUCUGAUCGGGACAGGGACAGGUGCGGCAGGCUCGGGGGAAGACUGACUACCUCUUCCUAGGGAAAGGGGGUGCUGGGUGGGGAACGAGCGGCUGAGUGAAGUUGAGGGGAAGUGAACGAGGGGAGACAGACAGCAAUGGGGAUGAAUGACCAUGUUGACGAUGUUAACGAGGUUAACGAUGUAAUGGGGAAUAUUAUGAUGAGAGAUGGAACAUGAUGAUGAGGGGAAAUAGAGGUGGGCUAGACAACCUGACAACGCAACGGGGAGAAAUAAUGAGAAUUGGCUGUGUUUGUGCUUACGGUUUGGCUGGCUGGCUAAGCAAGGCGAUCGGAGCAUAGCAUGCAAAGGGGGGGUUGGUUUUGUUGGGGCUUAACGCUUAUAAUAAUAUGAUAAAAGACAUAAUACUUGCAUCUACUUGAGUUGGACGAAUGAUAUGCGUAUCUUUGAU